AUGCUCUCAAAACUCGGCAUCCGGCCUGUGGAAGAGCAACUACCUUUCGACAUGGCGCGCUGCAGCUUUGACGGUCUGCUGGAGUUUACCGCCAACGGCUUUGGGAAAGGCUUCUUCCCUGGCCCGCUGCACGAGCGUCCCUUCACGCCUGACCCGGCCUCAAUAUGGCUGCUGUUCCGCGGUCAACACACCUGCAUCACGCACUUCAACCUCAACUCGGAGGAGGUUGUGCAGAUGUUCCUGCGACGCUUCGAUGAGUGGGAGAUGAUGAUCACGCACCCCACUCGACCUGUGGUGUUUUUGCGCACCUGCAUUGCCGAGAACCCAAGAGAAGAGGUGGAGCUGCUGCCACAGUGGCACGCGCUACUGCACGAGAAGAGUGCGGGGAAACUGGACUUCCGCACAGUGAUGGUGAUGCACGAGCAGGGGCCCACCACAGCGCCGAUGGCCUCGUUUGCCGCCGAAGACGCGGCGGGGUCGCCGUGCGUGGUGUGGAAUCUCGCCUUCGACACGCAGCUUCCGCCCGGUGCGUCGCUGUUCGACAAGUGCCACGACGGCUACGCGCACAUCAUUCACACCAUGAGCUCGGAUGAGGCGUGGCGCGUGUCCACAUCACCGCUGCAGCCGCAGUCACUGAAGCCGUACACAAAUCUGUGCAGCGUGGAGGGUGUCCCGGCUUUGCGCGGCUCCUGCACGGGUUUUGCAACGACGCAGGCGGCGCUUUUGGGUCGCUGUCUCCGCUGUGGAUCUACCAACGGACAUGCGGUGGUGCGGGACGCCUUUGACACCAAACGACCGUGGAGCAAGGCGGAGGACGUGGCGCUGCUGGACGAAUUGGUCGCAGCACACGGAGAUGAAGUCGCCGCUGUGGAGGCGACGGCAUUGAAACAAAAGCGUGGGGCCAAUGAGGUGCUGCUGCGGCUACAGCUACUUAUCACAUCUUGA